AUGCCUACUAUGCCAAGUAUAGACCAAAUCUUACAACGGCGGAGGGAGCAUGGUGUAAAGAAACGUGACAAGGAAGCAGAGGCGAUAUCAAAAGAGAUCUCGAGAGCUGUGGCGAAAGGAUUGCGUGGCUGUGAGGAUGAUGACGAGUCUGAAUCAGCGUCUGAAUCAGACUCUGACAAUUCCAGUGACGAUGAUGAAACUGACACACUAUCCAAUCUUCCGGCAUGCUUACUCGCCAUCAAAGUCGCCAAGGACGACAUGCUCACAUUAAUUGGUGCCAACCCCUGCCGAGGUGAUAUCUCUAUCAUUGUGAACUCAAUCGGCGAGAUUGAAAAACUACUCAAGCGUGUGAUUCGUGCACAAGACAAGAUCCUGAAUUUCUGUGGUAUCUCACCUGAGUGGCAUGCCGCUGACACGGUCUCUUGA